AGCGCCGCACAGUAUUCGCGUGCAUUCGGGAAGUAGGAGUUGUCGCGACUCGUUGCCGUCAUUGUCGUAUUAUCUCCGUGUCAAUUUCCGCGCUCGUCGCAUCAAUGCAGUGGAUUUGUCCAUGCAACUGACGAUUUCGUGUUUCUGCAAAAAGUGAUUGUGAAUAAAAGGUCUCGGAGUGUUCGAGAGAAAAGACCAGGCAACUGUUGACUUGCUUUUCCGCGUAAAUUCGUCGCCGGGAAGCGAACUGCAUCCGUGCCAGUGUGCGAUCCGUCGACCCACCACCACCACCACCCCCGCGGCAAAAACGCCAAACGCCAUCUGAACUCGCCUCGACUUCAUUUACAUCGGGGACGGCAUUUUUUCUGAUCUUGUUUUCUGUAAAUUUGCAAACACAACGCAAGCGGGAGCGUAUGUAUCACGCGGAAAUUAUUACAGCGUUGUCAGUGUUUCCAAAUUGGUGAUUAGUGCAGCGGAAAUCUUUCGUUUCCAUUCUUUAAUUUGACUUAAAGGAGCGUAGCAGCUGUUGGAGUUAUAUUCGCGGAAAUGGCAAAAGAAAUUGACGACAUUAUAGACGGUCUCAAAAAUGCAACAAUUGAAAACACAGAAUCAACUCUCUCGCUAUUGAAUAAAGUAACCACAUCAGAACCAAAUAGCUUCGACAAUUACAAUUUGACUGAACCCCUUUUACGAAUAAUCACAUCAAGUAAUGUGGAAGUCUGCAAGGAGGCGGCAAAAUGUAUUGCCGAAGUUACAAAAACUGAAGCACAACGAAAAAAAUUCACACAGAAAGAAAUCAUAGAAGCCUUAAUCAAUUGCCUGCGACGGAAUUCCAAUGAAAAUUUCGACAUGGAUCUAACAAUACAGAUUUGUCGUGCUCUGGGCAAUAUAUGCUAUAUGAACGAUGACGCUCGCAAUAUGAUCCUGAAUAUAGAAGGUGAUGCAGAUCUAAUGCGGUUACUGGAUAUUGAAGCUGGUUGUGAUAGUUCAAAAGAUCUUCAAUUCAUCAAAGUUCGAGGGGGAUUCAUUUCCAAUUAUUUGUUAGGCGGUGAGAUACUGGCAAAACGUGCAAUGGAGCUGAAAAUAAUGGAUAAGAUUCAAGCAAUCAUAGAUAAAUGUAUGACAAAUGUGGAACAGAAUGAAGAUUUAUUACUGAAUAUCUUACCACCGUUAAGUAUAUUAACGGAGAAUGUAUCGGAUUUGAAUUUUGAGCCAAAAUUAAACAAGCAAUUGGCACAAAUUCUGGCCGGUUCGACAAAUCCUGACCUAGCUGAAUUGUGCCUUGAAUUGCUUCACUAUCAAGCAGAGAAUGACGAUGUUAAAUUAUUACUAGCUAAAGAGGGGCUAUGUGAAACAAUCUAUAAACUAUUGGAAAAGUACAAGACAUUAGCAAGUACGAGUGAAGCGAGAGCCUUAAUGAAAUUGGCAUGUGAUUUAAUUGUUUUAAUUUUAACUGGAGAUGAAUCGAUGCACUAUUUAUAUUCGACGCCACUCUUAAAGAAUAUGGAAGAUUGGCUUGAUUCGUAUGACAUCGACUUAUUAACAACCGGAGUUUUGGCCCUUGGAAACUUUGCCCGCACUGAUAGUCAUUGCAUUGACAUGGUGGAAAAUAAAAUCAUGAAUAAACUGUUGGCUAUCCUUUCGAAAAAUAAUGGUGUUGACGACGAUAUGCGAUUGCAGCAUGCCCUUCUUAGCACUUUACGAAACUUGGUGAUACCAAAGCCCAAUAAAGGGGCCGUAAUAGAAGCUGGACUUGUGCAAACCAUAUUACCUAUGCUUGAAAUACAUCAACCUCCUGUUGUUUUCAAACUUCUUGGAACGCUCCGAAUGACUGUUGAUGGACAAGAAAGCCUCGCAUUAGAACUACUACAAAACAAAAAGCUAAUUGAGCAGUUAGUCCACUGGAGUAAAUCAUCAGACUACGCAGGUGUCACAGGUGAGUCAUUACGGCUAAUGGCAUGGCUGAUAAAGCACGCGUACCACACUAGAAGUAGUGUGCCAUCAACAAGUGCGGUAUAUAUAAAACCAGAUGAAAAGGGUUGCAGUCUAGUUAAUCCAGCGGAGCCAGUUACUGCCACUGCCGGCAUUGGGGAAGCAUCAUCCAGUACAGGUGAAAGCUGUUCUGACAUAACUAGUCUUCGAGCCUUCAUUCAUACCGAGGGAACUGUGGACAGUAUGAUAAAUAUGUUAACAUCACAGCAUCUAGUAAUGCAAAAUGAAGCCCUUAUUGCCUUAAGUAUUUUAUCCACGAUGUUUUUAUGUGAAAGCAAUGAAGACUCGAGCAUGUCAUCGGUUCCAUCUUCGUCGAAAUCAACGGCACUCGUGCAUUUGGAUGAUUUAUUCAUUCAAUCUGAACUAGGUAAGAAAUUAUCAGAAUUCAUUGGUCGAUCGUCCGAUACAAUGACUAAAGAAAUUGUGGAAAAUUUAAAAAUAUUCACUUCAUUACUACGUAAUUCAGAGAAACUAAUUAAACAUUUAGAACAGUAUAAUAUUGAUGAAUUACUCAAAUCAAUUCCUAUCUUAACUGAGUAUUGUACAUUGUAAUUCACCGAGCAUAUGAGAGGAGAGCGGGAACAAUAGUAGAAAGAGGAGUUGGAGUGAGAAGGCAUGGAGUUAUGAUAAAUGUCUGCUGUACUUUUGUGAAUAUGUAUCUUGUAGUUUCCAUUUGUAGUUUACUUUAGAUACGCCUUAUUUCGUACUUGAUUUCUCCUACCAGACAAGACUUUUAUCAUUUAAUUUUUACUUAGCUUGUAUAAUGUGUUGUGCAGAGUAUUUGUUCUUGUGAACUGUCCAAGUUUAUAUUUAUAAAAUAUAUGUUCAACAUUGAAAACUGGCUAUUACUGACAGGUGGCAUGGUUGGGAAGAAAAUUCUCAACAGAACCGAAAUUUUGCGAUUGACGUUUGCAACUCUCGUUAAGCAAGUAUGGUACUGUGUACCUUUGUUUAUCGCGUAGUAGUUUUUAGUGCAAUGUAUCAAAUUUUAACAGUAUUUUCUUUCGCUAUUUGCUUGCCUGACCUUUGUAAUUCCUCCAAUUAAUCUGCUCAUCCAGAUCACUUCCGUGGCUGCUUGAUUUGCUACUACAAUCUCUGCCUCAGUGAUUGAACUUGUCACCAUCGCUUGCCUCUGACUCAGUCACGAAAUGACGCCCCCUGCGUACUUGACAACAUCUCCAGAAGUUGAUCUGCCUUAAUUUGUUUUAUGCUCUGUGUCUUGUUCGAUUUCCAAUCCCAAGAAAUAGUCUGCUUCUUUAGAUGUGACUUUGAAUUUUGACUUCAUUUCCUUCUGGAACGUUUCUAGUUCAUAGUAAUCUGUUGCAGCUACAACUCCAUCGUCAGCAAACAACACUAGGAUAAGCUUUUUGCCAUUCCUUUGUGUACAAGCAUGGAUCCACCUCGCUCGAUCUGAAUCCAGAUUUAACUAGAAAAUUUCCAAAGCGCUUGUUCUAGCACCUCGGGACCUGUU